AUGCUUUUCCAACAAACGCUUUCCUUCGUUGUUCACCCCCCCCGCCUUCCCACAAUCGAGUUCCUUUGUUGCCUUCCAUCUGGAGGCAUUACUUCGUUGCCUUUCCAUAGAACGGCGUUGCAUCUUCGCCCUCAGUCGUUCUUUCGAUGCCGUCCAUUGAGUCGCGUUCCUUUCUUGCUUUUCAUACAGCGAAGUCCCUUACUUACCUUUCAUUUAAUUUUCCUCCUUUCUUCCUCCUUUCCUUUUCUCUCUUCUUUCUUGCUUUUCUCUCUUCCUUCUUUCUUCUUCCUCUUUUCCUCUUCUCUCUUCCUCCUUUCCUUUUCUCUCUUCAUUCUUUCUUUUUUAUCUCUUCUUCUUUCUUCUUCCUCUUUUCCUCUUCAUUCUUCCUCCUUUCCUUUUCUCUCUUCAUUCUUUCUUUUUUAUCUCUUCUUCUUUCUUCUUCCUCUUUUCCUCUUCUCUCUUCCUCCUUUCCUUUUCUCUCUUCCUUCUUUCUUCUUCCUCUUGAAAAUCUUCUCUCUUCCUCCUUUUCCUUUUAUAUUCCUUCUUUCUAGAAAUAUUUUCCUCUUCUCUCUUUUCUUUCUUCUUCCUCUUUUCCUCUUCUCUCGGAUUUUCCUUUUCUCUCGAAAAAUUCUUUUUUUUUAUCUCUUCCUUCUUUCUUCUUCCUCUUUUCCUCUUCUCUCUUCCUCCUUUCCUACAAGGUCUUCCUUCUUUCUUCUUCCUCUUUUGAAUUUUCUCUUCCUUUUUUCCUUUUUCUCUUCCCUUCUUUCUUCUUCCUCUGGCCUUUUCUCAUUUCUUCCUCCUUUCCUUUUCUCUUUCCUUCUUUCUUCUUUUUCCUUUCCUCUUCUCUCUUUUUUAUAUUUCCUUUUCUUUAUAUAUCCUAUAUUUCUUUUUUUGGGAUCUUCUUUUUUUCUUCCUAAAAUUCCUCUUUCUAAAUAUCUUUCAUUUUUCUCUUUCCUUCUUUCUUUUCUCUUUUCCUUUUCUCUCUUAUUUAUUUUCCUUUUCUCUCUUCCUUCUUUCUUCUUCCUCUUUUCCUCUUCUCUCUUCCUCCUUUCCUUUUCUCUCUUUCUUCUUUCUUCUUCCUCUUUUCCUCUUCAAUUCUUCCUCCUUUGA